GCUUUCUUGGUGGAGAGCUUUAGGGCGUCCUUUCGUGGAGGAACUGAGGAAUGAAAGGACCCACAUCACUGUAUAAUUUCAAAAGCCUCCAUCUUUUUCCUGUUGUAACCCGCUUAAAGAAACCCAAGCGGGCUUUGACUCUAAUUCCCCAGGAUUUUAUUCCCUAAAAAUUUGUAAAACCGUGUGAGUUUUGUUUCAUUUUGUCUUUCUUUGACUUUGAUUUUGGGAGUUGCGUAUGUUCACACGCAUUUCUGACUUUUUAUUUCAUCAUUUCUUCCAUUGUUUGAUUUGUUUCGCCCCAGCGUUUUAACACUAUUUUCAUAAUUCUUUCGGGUUCUUGGAUGAUUUUGUUUUCGGCUUAAAGAUUCUUGUUUGGGUGUUUUGGAAAAGAAAAAAAGAUUCUUUUUGUUUUUGAUUCAGGGAAAAAUUGAAAAGUUUUACUUUUUGUUUGUCCUUAUUGGAUUGAAAAGAUUAAAGUGCACUAGGAAGAAUAUUUUUUGUUGUUUGCUUGCUGUGGAUGAUGUUGCCUUUGAGCUAUUAGGUUCUUUCUCCGAUCUGGGUUCUUGUUGGCUUCAUCGCUGUUGCAUAAUCUUCUGUAUGAGGUUGAACUCUCUGUGACCUUGAGACAGUAAUCGCUCUCAUAAUGGGUUGGCUGAGCAAAUUUUUUAAAGGCUCUGACCACAAUGUUUCAGAAGGGCAAUAUGAUUCAAAUUAUGGUGGACACAGAGAGGAUAAUCUUCCAUCUACGUCAUGGGAGUCGUUGUCAGAGAUUGAAGACAUAGACCGUGCUAUUGCAUUAUCCAUGUCGGAAGAGGACCAGAAAGGGAAAACUGUGCUGGAUAGCGAAUUACAGCUAAGUGAAGAUGAACAACUUGCUAGAGCUCUUCAGGAGAGUUUGAAUGUUGAAUCCCCACGGACCCCACCAGCAUGGCACGGAAACAGAAAUGAUACUGGGCGUGGAAGUGGAUAUGGAUAUGGAAAUGGGAAUGGAAAUGGAAAUGGGCACUUCUAUCAACCUAUACCUUUCCCCUAUGCAACGAGUUUUAGGAUAUGUGCUGGGUGUAAUGCAGAGAUUGGCCAUGGACGAUUCUUGAAUUGUAUGAGUGCUUUCUGGCAUCCAGAGUGUUUUAGGUGCCAUGCCUGCAACCAACCGAUUUCUGAUUAUGAGUUCUCUAUGUCUGGGAACCAUCCAUAUCACAAAACUUGUUACAAGGAACUUUAUCACCCAAAAUGUGACGUAUGCAGAAACUUUAUCCCGACCAAUGCAUCAGGUCUUAUUGAAUACCGUGCACACCCUUUUUGGUCCCAGAAAUACUGCCCGUUCCAUGAGCGUGAUGGAACCCCUCGCUGCUGUAGCUGUGAGCGAAUGGAGCCACGGGAAACAAAAUAUGUUGCCCUAGAUGAUGGUCGUAAACUUUGUUUAGAGUGCCUGGACUCUGCCAUUAUGGAUACCAAUCAGUGCCAACCCCUUUAUCUUGAUAUACAAGAAUUCUAUGAAGCGCUGAAUAUGAAAGUGAAUCAGAAAGUCCCGUUGCUGUUGGUUGAGAGGCAAGCCUUGAAUGAAGCCAUGGAUGGAGAGAGACAUGGACAUCAUCACAUGCCGGAAACUAGAGGACUCUGCCUUUCUGAGGAACAAACAGUCAGCACUAUUUUGCGCCGGCCAAGGAUAGGGGCUGGAAAUCGUUUCAUAGAGAUGAGAACGGAACCCUAUAGAUUAACACGCCGCUGCGAAGUGACAGCAAUACUAAUUUUAUACGGCCUUCCUAGGUUACUUACGGGAUCAAUCUUAGCACACGAGAUGAUGCACGCAUGGCUUCGACUCGGAGGUUAUCGAACUCUUAGCCAAGAUGUUGAAGAAGGCAUAUGUCAAGUGUUGGCACACAUGUGGUUGGAAUCUCAAAUUAUGUCGCUGUCGAAAGGCAGCAGUGCAUCGACAUCGUAUUCUGCCAGCUCAUCGUUAAAGAAUGGGACUAGAUCUCCUUUUGAGAGGAGACUCGGGGAGUUCUUUAAACACCAGAUAGAAUCUGACACGUCGCCAGUGUAUGGAAAUGGGUUUAGAAGCGGUAACCAGGCAGUACUUAAGUAUGGUUUGGAGAGGACGUUGGAACAUAUCCGGAUGACGGGGACCUUCCCUUAUUGAAAGAUUCGAUUUUUAAUUUAGGAACUGCUAUAUUUAUUGUUUUCCUAUAGAGUGAAGCUUUAUCCAUUCAUAUUAGCUUCCUAUAGAGUUACUAUACCUUGUAGUUCCAAGGAAGGUCUCUUCGUGGAAUUCAGGAAAAGAAAAACAUUGUUUUUCUAACUUGUUCAUUUGAUUCUUAUAGUAAUAGUAUAUAUAUAUUUUCACGUUAAUCUGUGUUGGAUCCUUUGUUUUUGUUGUUUGCAUUUGAGGUUUCGAGGGGGAUUUAACGCAAGCUUUGAUAUCAUCAUAUACAUGCAUUCACAUAACAUAUAACUGAUACAAGAUACAUUCUUUGAAAUAAGUGUUUCAAAUGCUCAUUCUUGAUAUGAUUUCUGUAAGCUUGCUUGUAUUUUCAGCAGACUAGGCACUACUUCACCCAUGGUGGGGCGAUCGGCUGGAUCUGUUGCCAGGCAUCUCAGGGCUAAUUUUGCGGUCUGAAAUGCUAGCUCUACUCCACCAUGUUGUUUGAGGUCAGCCUCGAUGAAAUUAGCAAUUUCGGCUUCUGCAUUUUCUCGUCUCAGAAUGGAAACUAUGGCUGCAGAUAGUAAUGCUUCCCUGCCUUCACGGGCAAAAACAGCGGGCUUCCCUGUGAGUAAUUCUAACAGCACGACUCCAAAGGCGUAUACGUCUAUCUUGGGAGUAACUGAAGCUGUGUCAAGAUAUUCCCGUGCCAGUCGAGGAGAAUGUUUCUGCUGCAAAUGUUCUUGUGAACGUAGCCUGGGUCUGUGAAGCUGUGGAGAUAAUGAAGCCCGUUGGCAACAUCUAUGGCGAUUUGAAUCCUCAGACACCAAUUCUCUGUAACUUCUUUUGGUGUUUUCUUCUUCAGCCAUUCCCUGAGAGAACCGUUCUUCAUGUACUCGAAAACCAGGUAAUAGCAGCCCUGAUGCACGGAGAAUCCAUGGAGCUUUACCAGGUUGAAAUGAUUGAUUUUGUUGAGCAUAUUAACCUCCUCUGAUGCAUCUGUGCUCUUCUUCUUGAUCACCACAUCAUCUCUCCCUUUAAACACGCCCCGAAACACUGAAGACCCCUUGAUUCUGUUCCUGGAACCGAAAUCUCCAGCAGCCUUUUUCAAGUCCUUGAACCUGAAAACUUCAAGGCUUCGAUCAAUGCCCGCAAUCUCAACCAAGAUAUCCUCUACUGGCUCUGCUUUAUUUCCCUCCUUCUUCGUCCUUCUGAAUGGAUACACGACACAAAUAACCAUAACCGAGAUCACCACAGAAAUCCCCACUGCAACUCCACUACCUAUAUAUACACCCCUCUUUGACCUUCUUCUCGAAACACCAGAUUCAGGCUGAGGAGAAAUCGGAGUUUUGCUGUUUUGAGAUUUGAUUGAAGGGCUGCCAGAUAAAGGAACAAGAAUGGUAGUAAAAGGAAACAGAGUUGAAUCUUCUGCAGAAACCCCAUUUCCUGCAACUAUUUUCCCUGUGCUUACAUUGAAUUUUUCAGCAAUUCCAGCGAUAUUAUCGCCCCAGUCAAUCGAGUAAGUCAGCAGAUACUUGGUCCCGUUCAAAACCUGAUCUUUAGUUGGACAGGCGCAACGAAGAGGAAUCUGCAGCUCCAAACCAGGCUUCAGACUGAAUUCAUCGUAUACAUUUUCUGCUUCAAGUGACUGGCACGUCGACAGGCCUUGGUAAGUAGUAUUCGCUAUGGUGAAAUAUGUUUGGUCGGGGGAUAAGAUCUCGUACGAGGUUUUUGCUGCGUAGUACUGACCUGAACAGGAACAUUUCACCGGGACGACAACCUCGUCUCCCGGGAAAGCUGUCAGCUUUGAGGCGUCGUUCAGUCGCGCUAUUUCUGAGGCGUUGGAUGACAGGAGAGCUGCAAUGGCGGGGACAGUGUUGAACGGAAACCUUGCCCGGAAGAUCAGAAACGCCCUGCAAGUGAACAGCUGCCCGUUGCAGGUGUAGAGAUAAGCGGGAGAUGGCGGCUCGUUGGCGUCAGUGUUCUUGCAAUCGAGCGCUGAGUUUCCCGAGUAUUGUUGUUGAGCUCCGGUGCAUGGAGUUACUGCUAGGACGACGAAAGUACAGAUCAGAAUCCGAUUCAUCUUCGUUCUUUGUUGAUGGAACAAGUUUUUGGUUGUCUCCAAGAAAAUGAUGAAGUUAAGAAUGAGCUUCGGAGUUUUUUAUGAUUGUUGUCAUUGUCGUCUUAACAUAAACGCGUGAAAGAUUAUGAUAUAAUUUCCAUUUUUGACCUGUUUAACUAGCAUCCAAGAUUAUCCUGACCGCAGAAAUCCAGGAGAAAUCUAGUGCUACAUAUAAUAUAGGUAGAUUGAAAAGAUGGAAUGUUUCUUCUUGACUUGAUUUCUUUAUUUAUGGAUUUUUUGUUGUAGUUUCUCUUGGACAUAUGCUAAAACCAGACAAGUUGGUCUUUUGUUAUGAAACCAGAAGUCAUUUUGUUCC